CUCGUUCUGCUAAAAAAACAACACUUGCCCUGCCUCGUCCCGUGGCCGGUGCCGGCCAGUUACAGCAGCCUCGACUCGGUGGAGCUCCCGCCUCCGCACGACUACAGCUCACUCCCGCUCGCGCUUCUGCCCCACGGUACACUGCAUUACCAUGGCAUCGCAGCCGGAGUUCUCCCGAAAACCGCGCGUUUCGACAGCCUAGGUCCUCUCCGAUUCCUCGCGCCAUGCCCACCUCCUGCACGACGGAAUGCCGAGCAGGGACCCGCCGCUCUCCCCGUCCUUCUUCAACUCCCUCAUCGCAUCCCGCGUCCGCGCCGGCCGCGGGGCCGACGCCUUCUCGCUGCUCGCGCGCAUGCUCGCCGCCGGCGUCGCCCCGACCGCUUUCACUUUCGCGCCGAUCCUUUCCUCGCCUUCGGUCGGCACCCGCCGCGCCGCUCAGCUGCACCCGCACAUCCUCAAGAGCGGGCUCCUCCACAGUGACCCGUACUCCGGGACGGCAUUGCUGGGGUUCUUUGCACGGGACGGACGAUUCGGUGAGGCGCUCAGGGUGUUCGGGGAAAUGCCUGCACGGAAUGCUGUCACCUGGAACUGUCUCAUCUCUUUGUUUGUUCAGUAUGGGUAUGUCAAGGAUGCCGUGUUCUGGUUCAGGGGACUCGUGAGCAGCGGUGAUGGCUUGUCCGAAGGGUCUAUCGUUGCAGUCUUGCCUGCAUUUGGGUCACCGGAGCAAGUUCAUGGGUUUGCCAUGAAAAUUGCAAUGGAUUCCUUCUCAGCAGUUGCUAAUUCACUGCUGAAUUCAUACUGUACUUGCUGUGCUGUUUGUGCGGCAGAGAAGCUAUUUAACUGGUUGAUGUUUACAGACGUGGUUUCUUGGAAUACAAUGAUCACCGCAUUUGCUAGGAGUAACUUGCCAGGGAGAACUUUUGAGCUUUUCUUGAUGAUGCAAGGUCAGGGGGUUCUGCCAGACGAAACUACAUUUAGCAGUGUUCUUAAUGCUUGCACCAAUAUAAAUGGACAUGAGCAUGGGAAGUAUGUUCACGCAAAAUCUAUUAAGCAUAAUCUCAAUACAAGGGUGUUUGUGAACACUUCACUGGUUGAUUUCUACACAAAAUGUGUUGGUAGCAAGGAUGCUCGUAAAGUUCUCGAAGAGAUUUCUGAUAAAAGCGCUUCAUGUUGGAAUGCCCUGAUUUCUGGUAGGUCAGAUGGUGAUGUUCCAACUCUUUUUGUUAUUCUCAGAGAUAUGUUACGGUCAGGGAUUAGCCCAAAUGAGUUUACCUUUUCUUCAUUGCUUAAGGAUCCAUCACUGUUGGAUCUGUGGCAGAUUCACUCAUUGGUCGCAAGACUGGGUUAUGGCAGUAAUGACUAUGUUUCAAGUGCAAUCAUAUCUUCAUAUGUUUCGCAUGGUUUUAUUUCUGAUGCCCUGGCUUAUGGAGCUACAUUGGAUCCUGAGUCCUGUACUGUCUCCAUGAAUGUUUUAGCUGGGGCAUAUAAUAGAGCUCACAUGUACCAAGAGACCAAGGAGCUACUUUUACAUCAGCAAAGCAGUGAUAAUAUUUCAUGCAGCAUAUUUAUUACUGCUUGUGCACGGAAUGGUGAUUAUUCUGAAGCUUUUGAAUAUUUCAGACAGAUGAGAAUUUUGGGGCAUCAUUUUGAUAACUAUGUUACUGUGAGCUUGCUUAGUAUCUGUAUAAAAGUUAACAGCCUUAUUCUCGGUAGGUUAGUUCAUGGGCUUAUCAUCAAGACCAGUUCUGGGUGCUCUGAUACUUACGUUCAUAAUAUGUUGCUAGAUAUGUAUGCUAAAUGUGGUAGAAUUGAAGACUGUGUGAGAGCCUUUGAGGAAAUGGAAAAUAGGAACAUUAUCUCAUGGACAACUGUGAUUUCUGGCCUUGCACUUAAUGGAUUUUCUCGCAAGGCCUUGGCAUGGUUUAAAGCCAUGGAAGAGGCUGGCCUCAAACCUGACAAGGUAGCAAUUCUGGCAGUCCUUUCAGCUUGUAGACAUGGUGGACUUGUGCAGGAGGGAAUGAAGAUAUUCAAAUGUAUGGAAGCUGAUUACUCGACUGAAGCUGAGAUGGAGCAUUACAUUUGUGUGGUGGACAUGCUAUGCAAGUGUGGCCAUCUGAAGCAAGCUGGCUCUGUGAUUAGAGGCAUGCCUUUCCGUCCAAGUACAAUUAUAUGGCGCACAUUCCUCCAAGGAUGCAAUACAUAUGGCAUUCUAGACACUCAAGUGUGUAGCUAGCAAUGGUCUUGGCAAGCAAUGGAGUUUAUACGUGAAGAGUGUUGAUUGGAAGCAUCCUCAUUGAUAAAGACUAAGCAUCCUCAUUGAUGAAGCCUUUUCUGGUUGGUGGUUUAUUGUGGGUCGGCAUUUCUUUGUCCCCUCCCACUGGUUUGACUUUGUUUUCUACCAUGAUCUGGUGACUGAUUACAUAAGGAACACCUCCCUCUUUCUACAUGCAGCAAUGCCAACUAGCAAGAGGCACCCAUGUUGUUGCCAUCAUGGGGAGGUGUUAAGGACCACAGAGCAAAAUAGAUAUGCGUACUGCGUUGAAAAUAUUGUACACUCGCUGAAUUCAGGCAAAAGGAGAGUAAAAGGAGUUUGUCCAAAUACCAAGGCGCGGCAGCCACUUGAAGCCUGUGGAAAUGUUGAAAAUGACUGGAACGAGUUCAGAUUUUGAGGACACUGUUGCCAGGUGUGGUUCCUGCUCAAUGAGCAUCUGAAACGUGGACUCACUUUUCGGAAAUACUAAGCUCUUCCAAGGCGCCUCUUUGCAUUAUGGUUAGUCAGCCAAGGCCAUUUCCUUUCUAGGGUGUGGCAAAUCGGUUGCAGAACGGGUCAGGGGCAGAGGCAUGAGCUAAUUAUAUCAGAGGUACUAUAGGCUUUUGACGAAGCAUGCACAUUAGUAGCGAAAUAUAGCUAAUAGAGCAUCCAAACCUGGACUUAUAUAUAUAUUGCAUGUUGCUUUCCUUUCCACUAGACACUGUCGACAUGGCUAACUAUAAAAGUUCUCAUCGGUGACCGGGCAUUCUUGUCCUUUUCCAUGAAUGGUGAUUUGGUCAAAGAAUUCAGAUCAUUAUCUAA